UUUAAACUCUGGCCAUCUUACCAAUCAGCUGACUUCGUUGUUUUUUGGUAUUAUCGUGCAUUCCGAUUAACGUCACUCCGAGCAAGUGGCCCAUAGUUUUCACUGAAAAGGUGUUGCUCCAGGAUCAAGAGGAAAAGGACCUUCAGAAGAUGGGAGCCAGACAGUCUCAAUCCCGCGAACCGCGAUCCGUUUCAAUGGAAAACCCAACUCCUGCCGGCGUCAUCGACAUAUCCGAUGAUGUGGUCAAGCGGCUGAAGGCUGGAAUCAGCCAGCAGGCUCGUGAGCACGCCGCCGCUGCGGAGGACUCGAAACCAGCGCCAAAGGCUUCGGCAAAGGCUGCUGCCAAGCCAGCCCUUCCCUCCCCAGCUCCUGCGCCUGCUGCUCCCAAGGUGGCCUAUCCUGCUGCGGUGCCCAUUUACGUCCAAGGCGGCGGGCACACCAUCAGUGCUGCGGAUGUCCAGCGCCAGAUGAACCAGGAGCUGGUCAAGAACGACGAGCUGUGGAAGGAACGCAUGGCGAAGCUGGAGGAGAACCUUAAGAAGACCAACACCAUUCUGGAGAAGGAGUACGCCAAUGCGGUGGACAACGUGCACAAGCGAUUCGUAAGCACCGCGUCGUCGCAUAAAGUACCACCCUGCCAGGAUCUAAAGUCCCAGCUGCUCGCCUGCUACCGCUCGCAUCCCGGCGAGACCCUUAAAUGCAUGGAGGAGGUGGCGCAGUUCCGGAAGUGCAUCGAUCUGCAUCGCGUCCAGAAACUGGACGCGGAGCCAGAGGCUCCAAAAGUGGCUGCGAAGACCUCUGUUCCUGCCAAGGCGGGCUAGAAGGAAGCCUCUCAUAUUAUUGUCCUGAGUUGUUGAUCUUUGCUUUGAAGCCUCGUGUGGGUUUUGUAUAAACGAUGGAAAUGCACUUCGUAAACUUAAGCGCGAAAGUGUUAUUGCGAGCGAUAGUAAACUAAUUUAAAUGAAUCAA